UCUUUCUGGUGGUUCGGAAAGAAGGAGAAAAAAAUGUGAAGAAAAACAACAUGGCUGGAAGCGCGCUUUGUGAUCCUGAGAUUCUCACAGAGAGAAUCUGGGAUAACUUGUUUAUCGACGCUUACGCUGCCCUGAGUCAGGAAAGUGUGGGAAAUUCUUGCAACGAAGUAGUUGAAACCGCCAGGAAAGCCUUCGAAGAUGCCGGAUAUAUUCCGAAGGAAACCGAGACCUCGGUAACCGAGGUGGAAGACUCCGAUACUGGACAUAUAAAACCGGAAAGCAGAAGGAAUCGCAAACAAACGCCCGCAAAAGCCAAAGUGAAAAAGGUUCCGUUCCCUACUAUGCCGACUGGAGUCCAUUCUUUGGAUGGACUUCUUAAGCGAGGUUACGAAGACGGUCUGAAAUGUGGGCGUGAAUUGCUCAAAACGCUCACACCCGUCUGA